GUCAUCGAGUUCUCCCAUCGAGACUCCCAUCAUGGCGAAUACGAGCAAUAUACUCGCGGUACUUGUUAUCGCCUUUCUGGCCUCUUUAUCUUUAAGUUUGGCCAAACACGACUCUCUGGGCACAAUCUCUGAUGCAGAGACCUUUGAGAAGCCUGUCGAGCUGCAACCAUCUUUCCUUCGGGAAAAGAGACAGAAGGAAGCGGAAGAGUUCCUUCAUGGAAAUCUGAGAGACGAUGAUCCUUUGGAAUUGGAACGAGAGUUUCAACCGUCGGAGUUGAAACCUAUCUUCAACGAGAGAAGAGCGGUUCCGGGCUCUGCUGAAGCAAAGGAGAUUGGUCAGAUGGAUUUCGAGGAACGGGAACAAUUGAGACCAAAUAGUAUCGAGACUAAAACGAGCAACGAUAUCGUCGAGGGAGAAGAGGAGGAUGAUAUGUUUUCAUACAGGAGUAUGCACGAUCUCAUCCAAGCAUUGCUUCUCGCGGAUGAGGAGGACAUUGUCGAGAGACUGCAACAAUUGCGAGAGUCACAGAAUGCUACGAAAUCCAGCAAUUUACCAAAGCGUGAAGCGGUCGCAGCCGCAGCCGCGGCAUCAGCGUCCUCAACGUCGAGCAAUCUUCUCGGAGCGAAUCUGUGGGACGCCGUUCCUCUGGUCGAUCUGGAUGCUCACUCUUGCGAAGUCGAGGCUUUUUCACACGGUCACUUGCACUUGUCGGGAACGAUCGUGCACGAAUUUUUCUGUGAGCUGAGAAAGCUCUGGCACUACGUCUUGAUCGUCCUGCGGAACUUAAAGUCCGAGCUUACCUUGGGACCGCUGGUAGUCGGGGAUGUCGUCGCCGAGGGUAUCUUCGGCCAGUUGUUCCAUCACGCCUCGCAUCUCGUUCGCGCCUGCAUCAGCGAGCCCCAUCACCUGCUAAUUCUGCCCGAUAUAAUCCGAGACGCCGUACCGUUCCCCAGUAUCAGUGGUGCCAUUCACCGAAUCGUAUACGUCUUCCGCAAGGUGCUGCACUUUGGACUCGAGCUUUUCCACCAGCACGUUCGUCACGUUCUCGCGCACUUGUUCUCUCAUCGCCAUUCGCGCGUGCACCUGCUGCAACAUUUGCAUCACUGGCGAGAGUUUGGCUCGAUCCUGCCGGUGGAGGAGAUAUCUACCGCGUCCGCGUCUGCGUCCGCGGCGACGGCAACCGCAGCCGCUUCCAGCGAUUGCUCGCUCACCGUUCCGGACUACCAUCGAUCAUUGGCAGAAGUUUUCUCCUCGUUCCGCGGCUUCCACGAUGGAUACUUAGCGUCUGGACUACCUCAUCUGAUCAGGACCGGCGCAAGGAGCUUCUCCACGUCCUCGGCGUUCCCCAAAUUCCGUUCGUAUUUGUCGCAGAUACCUUUCUUUAAUUUCUGCGGGAAUGGACCGAUCGGACAGAGCGGCACUGCCACCACCACUACCACCACCACCGCCACCGCUACGGCGGUAUCCAGCGCGGCGGCGUCCAGCGCACCAUCGGUGAUAGAGCCGACGAUAGUCCCGUUAGCACCCAUCGCCCCCAUCGAGACUGAAACCGCGAGCUCCUCGGCGUCCGCCACCGCCACCACCGUUGUCGAGACGCAACCGACGGCCUUUUCCGCUGGACCGACUAUAGUUCCUUCGAUUAUUCCCUACGAGUCAAAUGUGCAGGCGGCAGCGGCGGCAGCGGCGGCGGCGGCGACGACCGCGGUAUCCCCGGCGAUAGCUUCAGGCUGCGAGACUGCUGUACCCACUCUGUCUCCGGCGAUUGUCACCAACACGGAAGUCGUGGAGAAUACGGUGGCAGCCGCCUCCGCGGCUGCGUCCGCGGCUACCUCGGCUCCGUUCCUAUCGUCGCGCGGAUACAACGGGCUCAGGAGGCCGUUCGUCUCCACCGUCGCACCCGCGUCCGCGCCCGCGGCAGCCGUAGCCGCAGCCUCGUCCGCUUCCGCUUCCGCUUCCGCUACGGGUCGUGCCUCUCAUCCUCGAUAUCGUGGACUCGAUCUGGACGUCGAUCGUAGGACCAGGUAUCAUCCACUGAUCCGUUCGCGAGGCUUUCCCGCUUCCGCCUCCGCCGCCACUGCUACGGCUGCUGCUGCUGCGUCGACUUCCUCGUCGUCCGCCGUAGCCAGCGGUUCAGCUAGCUCCGUUUUCUCGAGUGGCCUCAACUUCGUCUUGCCUAGGGAACAAGUAGUUGGCGCUUUAGGUUACAACUAUCUAAUGCCGGGUGACAUCGUCGCGAUCAUCCUGAGAAACAAGGCGAUCCUGUUUGGCCGUGUGCUGGACGCCACCAGCCCGAUCACGUUCAGCUUCCUCAGACCGCAACUGCGUGCUUCCUUGCUCCGCCACGGUGGACGGGUCUGGAAACUCCUGCCUAGAGACUUCAGGGAUCCAGAGUGCAUCCGGAAAUUCAACAAUCCUCUGCUCCUGCGUUACAGCCUUCUUUAGUCUCUAUCUCGUGACUAGUCCUUAAUUAUUAUCGACUAUCGACUACCGACUACCGACGUGUAUCAAACAAUUGUAAUUCAUCUUGAUCGUGAAUAAAAAUGUGUCCUAAAAUUUAA